GACCAUAAGGACCAGGAAUGGGAUGAGGAGAAGCCGGAAUCUUAUGCCGGAAUUUUCCACUUCCGCUUCUGGCGCUUUGGAGAAUGGAUUGAUGUUGUCAUCGACGACCGGUUGCCCACUGCGAACGGCAACUUGGUGUAUUGUCACUCCAGUGACAGCAACGAGUUCUGGAGCGCCCUGGUGGAGAAGGCUUACGCCAAGAUGUAUGGGUGUUACGAGGCAUUGGACGGGGGCAACACAGCGGAUGCGUUGGUGGAUUUUACGGGUGGCGUCUCGGAGCCCUUGGACCUGCUGGAGGAAGGGUUGAGUACGGACGAGGAGAAACGCUCAGUGCUGUUCGACAGAGUCCUCAAAGUCCACAACAGAGGAGGCCUCAUCAGCGCCUCCAUACGGGCGGCCAGUUCAGCAGAGAUGGAGGCUCGUCUGGCCUGUGGUCUGGUGAAGGGUCAUGCCUACGCUGUGACGGAUGUUAGAAAGGUCCGGCUGGGCCACGGCCUCAUGGCUUACUUCAAGUCCGACAAACUCACAAUGAUACGACUCCGAAAUCCCUGGGGAGAGAGCGAGUGGAAAGGAGCCUGGAGCGACAGCUCAGAGGAGUGGGGGAAGGUGAGUAAGAGUGAAAGAGAGAAGAUCGGCGUGAUUGUGCAGGACGAUGGAGAAUUUUGGAUGACAUUUGAUGACUUCUGUCAGUACUUCAGUGAUUUGAUCAUGUGUCGUCUGAUCAACACUUCCUACCUGUCUCUCCACAAGACCUGGGAGGAGGGCUCUCUAAAGGGUGCCUGGCAGAACCAUGACAACCCGCUCAGCAACCGCGCUGGGGGCUGCACCAACAACAAACACACUUUCAUACAGAACCCACAGUAUGUGUUCAACGUGAAGAAGCCAGAGGAUGAGGUGCUGGUAUGUCUACAGCAGACAGACAAGAGAGCCAGACCUAAAGAGGGGAAGGGAGAAAACCUGGCUAUAGGCUURGAGAUACACCGGGUGGAGUUGAACAGGCAGUACCGUAUGCACACUCGGCAGCAGAAGGUGUGUGGGAGUGUGUACAUCAACUCCAGGUGUGUGUUCCUACGCUGUUCCCUGAAGGAGGGUCGUUACGUUGUCAUACCCACAACCUUUGACCCCGCUCUGGAAGGAGACUUCCUAUUACGCAUCUUCACUGACGUCCCCGCCGACUGCAGAGAGUUAACCCUUGAUGAGCCAGCCCAGACGUGUUGGUCAGGACUGUGUGGCUUCCCUUCCCUGGUCACUCAGAUUCAUGUCCACAGAGCAGAUGGACUGGCUGGACAAGACUCUGAUGGAGCGUCAGACCCAUAUGUGAUCAUUCGUUGUGAGGGGGAGAAGGUUUGUUCUCCGGUCUAUAAAGACACCCGCAGCCCAACCUUUGACACCAAGGCUCUAUUCUACAGGAAGAAAACUAACCAGCCUAUACUGAUAGAGGUGUAUAACAACAACGUGUUGAUGGAUUCCUUCCUGGGUCAGGUCAGUUUGACCUCUGACCCCGGCGACCCCCAGCAGGUUACCGUCCACCUGAGGGACAAGGGUAAUCACCAAGACAAUGACCUCCCGGGCACGCUCACCGUCUCCAUGGUGACCAGCAACAUUCUCACUAACAUCUGACUAACCGUCAACCAAUCUAUCAAUCAGUGCCUUACUCCCUCCGUCCAAUAGGAGAGAGAAGCCAUAAAAAUAAAUUAAUUUGCCAUAAAACAUAUCUGUUGAGGGACCAAAGUUAGCCUUCCAGACUAUAUAGUGUUGUUUUUACUGGGUGUAGUACUAACUCCAACCACAUAGGGGCAUCAGAGGACAGAUAAUCUCCUAGUUCUUCUUUCUCAUCUUAUAACCACUUUAACUUGUGCCAUUACAGAUAUAUAAAUGCAUGUCCAGUAUUUCAGCAGUAUAUGUUGUCCUGUUUACAUUUAUUCCCAUGUUUUACAUUUCAGUCAGCUUUGUACUAGUCUCUCUCAAGAAACUGAGUUGGAUCUGGGUACCGAGAGCGGCUACUGACAUUUCUAGUCUUUCGGAAAGACACUUAUUUUUGUUAACUUCAUAAUUCAACUUUAAAAAAAAUGAGA